AUGGGCCACUCUAUCAGCAGUUGCGUUCGUCAGACGCUUGCUUUGAUGGCAAUCUUGAUCAACGUGGCCGCUGCCGAUGCAUUAUGGCCCCUACAAACCUACAAGAGUUCCUCAAUCCAAACACCAUACAUGAACGUCACAAAGAUGGGCCAAACAGAGCCCGGAUAUCUAUUCCUCACCCCAGAAGAUAUAUCCCGAGGAACCGGGCACCCAGCUAUCUACUCAGAUGACGGCCAAUUAGUAUGGCAAGGCGCCAGUGGAAAUUAUUCCGCACUCCAGCCCCAGAUACUAAACGGCGAACCGGUCAUCGCAUACUGGUCCGGAUAUACUGGCGAAGGAUUUGGGUUCGGCCAUAUCAGUAUUUUGAACAGUUCAUACGACGAGAUCCACCGCGUCACACUUUCCUGCCAAGAGCAGAACUUCGUCACAGUGUUUGAUACAAUGGCAUUCGACUCUUGUAUCGAUAUUCACGAAAGCCAAAUCACUGCAAAUGGCACAAUUCUCGUUACUGCGGUCAAUGUUACUCAGGCCGACUUGAGCUCGAUUGGUGGACCGAAAGAUGGCUGGAUCCAGGAUGGUCUUAUCUAUGAGAUUGACAUCCUAACGAACGAGAUUCUUUUCCGAUGGAGUGCUCAUAACCAUCCCGCUCAGGUCCCCUUGGCUGAUGUUCGGGCUCCACUCCAGGGCUCAGGGGGCUCGGGUGUUAAUUCCACUUAUCCUUAUGGAUAUCCCCAUCUGAAUGCUAUCUACAAGUAUGGCGAUGACUAUCUGGUGUCGUCACGGUAUAUGUGCAGUGUAUUCUUCAUUGCUCACAAUGGAACGGUCAUCUGGCAUCUACAUGGCCGGACCGGUGGUGAUUUCACAUUGGGUCUCGGAACAAGUUUCUGUUACCAGCAUGACGUUCGCUUUGAAUUUCAAAGUCCCGAGCGUGUAACACUGAGUAUGCACAAUAACGACAACACUGAGUUCACGGGUCACACAUCACUGACCACUGGCCUUGUUCUUGACGUUGAGCUGCAAGGCUCGAAAGAGGUCACUCUGGUUAGUCGACUGUGGGAUGCCGAUGAGCCCGUAUAUGCCGAGUCUCAAGGUAGCUACCAGAGUCUUGGAAACGGACACGUCUUGCAAGACCAUGGUGCGACGCCAAAGAUCGAGGAGUAUGACGAGAAUGGCACAAUCGUGAUGCGCGCCCGUUUCGGGUAUGACAACACCAUGCAGACUUAUCGUACAUACCGUUACUCCUGGGUUGGGCGCCCAUCUACGAAGCCUGAUGUCGUUGCCUGUCCGACGAGCAAGGGUGGACAGACGGCUGUCUAUGUGAGCUGGAAUGGAGCCACGGAUGUGCAGUCUUGGAAGGUAUACUCGGGGUCCGAGAUCAAGCAAACUGUUCCGCGGAAUGGGUUUGAGACUACUGUCUUGGUUGCUGGACUUUCGGAUGGCGAUUCAGUGGCCGUAGAGGCCGUGGGUGGUGUGGGUGAUGGAAUCAGAUCCGAGUCGGUUACUGUUGGCCAGGGUUGCUGA